GCGGGGGGAAGCGCGGGAAGAUGGCGCCCCGCGCCCUGCCCCCGCCGCACGCCGCCGCUCCCCGCCGAGGCCCCGGGGCGGGCGGGCGCUGACCCGGCCCGGUAGCGGCGGCAGCGGCACCGGCAGCAGCAGCAGUAGUAAGGGCAGCGGCUCUGCUGAUGGAGACCGCCGAGCUCAACCCGAUCAUCCGAGAUGUCUACGCAGCUGCCAGCCGUGUCCAGCAAGCACCGGCCGCUGCCUCGGCGCGGAGGGGAGGCAGCUGCAGGGAGCUCAUGGUCAAGCUGACGGAGGGGCAGUACGUGCUGUGCCGCUGGACGGAUGGGCUCUAUUACCUUGGAAAGAUCAAAAGGGUGAGUGGCUCCAAGCAGAGCUGCCUUGUCACUUUUGAGGACAACUCCAAGUACUGGGUCCUGUGGAAGGACAUCCAGCAUGCCGGUGUCCCUGGGGAGGAGCCCAAGUGCAACAUCUGCCUGGGGAAGACAUCAGGCCCCAUGAAUGAAAUCCUCAUCUGCGGGAAGUGUGGGCUGGGUUAUCACCAGCAGUGCCACAUCCCAGUGGCCAGCAGUCACGAGGGCCCUCUGGGGACACCAUGGUUCUGCCGCCGGUGCAUAUUUGCCCUGGCCGUGAGGAAGGGAGGUGCCCUGAAGAAGGGAGCCAUCGCCAAGACACUGCAAGCUGUCAAGAUGGUGCUGUCCUACAACCCUGACCUGCUGGAGUGGGACUCCCCACACCGCACCAACCAGCAGCAGUGUUACUGCUACUGCGGGGGGCCCGGCGAGUGGUACCUGAAGAUGUUGCAGUGCUACCGCUGCCGGCAGUGGUUCCACGAAGCGUGCACCCAGUGCCUCAGCGAUCCCAUGAUGUUUGGAGACCGGUUCUAUAUGUUUUUCUGCUCCGUAUGCAACCAGGGACCUGAAUACAUCAAGCGCCUGCCCUUGAGAUGGGUGGAUGUUGUCCAUCUUGCCCUCUACAACCUGGGGGUACAGAGCAAGAAGAAAUACUUUGACUUUGAGGAAAUCUUGGCCUUUGUGAACCACCACUGGGAUCCGCUGCAGCUUGGGAAGCUGACAGGCACCCCCAUCUCCGAGCGCGGCCCCCACCUCCUCAACGCCCUCAACAGCUACAAGAGCAGGUUUCUGUGUGGGAAGGAGAUCAAAAAGAAGAAAUGCAUCUUUCGGCUGCGCAUCCGAGUCCCCCCGAACCCCCCCAGCAAGGUGCUGCCAGAGAAAGCCCCUGGCGUGAGUGAGAGCGGCUCCUGCGAGCUAAAGAGCAAGGGUAAAAGCAAAGACAGCCAGCAGCAGAAGCGGCGAGCGGCGCGGCGCAAAAGGGCCAAGUUCCUGCUGGAGGAUGCCAUUCCCAGCAGUGACUUCACCUCAGCCUGGAGCACCAAUCACCACCUGGCCAGCAUCUUUGACUUCACACUGGAUGAGAUUCAGAGCCUGAAAAGUGCCAGCUCAGGACAGACUUUCCUAUCGGAUGUGGACUCCACGGAUGCUGUCAGCACCUCGGGCUCAGCCACCACAAGCCUCUCCUACGAGUCCAGCCGCAGGACCAUGGGCAGCCGCAAGCGCAAGCUGGCAGUGCCAGUCUACACCUCGGCAGGGGCCAAGAGGAGCGGCAGGGAGGCAGGUGGGUGCCUGGCCAUGGGCACUUCUGAAGGCAGCGAGGCGACCUGUGGACCUGACCACCCAGACAAUGGCAUCGACAGCCACACCUUCGAGAGCAUCAGCGAGGAUGACUCCUCCCUCUCCCACCUCAAGUCCUCCAUCAGCAGCUACUUCGGGGCGGCAGGCAGGCUGGUCUGCGGUGAGAAGUACCAGGUGCUGGCACGGCGGGUGACGCUGGAAGGGAAGGUGCAGUACCUGGUGGAGUGGGAGGGCACAACCCCCUACUGAGCCCCACCAGCUCCUCAGCCUCUCCUGGAGCCCAACCGGAGGAGAUUGGGAUGAUGAGGAGACCCUCACCGUGAAGCAGAGGAGGGCUGGGACCCUUCCAUGCUGGGGGUCCUAGCCAGGACCAGCUGCCCGGGAACAGCCGUGGGUUGAAGCAGUGCUUGAGCUGGUGCCAUGAGCGGUGCUGCCCAGGGUGGUACCCGCAGCCUUGCUGCUGCACCUCCCGGUUUGAACAGUUGCUGGUUCAUUGGCCACACACAUGUGAAGUGCCUGGCAGCCACCAGCCCAGCGUGGGGCACCAUCGUGGUGCUGCAAAGAGCUGUGAGCAGGUCUGGCCUUUCCCCCAGCACGGCUGGGAACACCCCGGGGAAGCCCCUUUGAGGGGCACCCUCAACCUGCUCAUGCAGAUGGACAUUGUGCUGGUGCCUGGCACACCCUGACUUAUCGCCACGUCCAAGCCUUACCAAGCUGAUCUGAGGGGGUCCUCCUAAGAAGCAAAAGGCACCUCCCUCACCAGUGCCUUCACAGCCCAUCCCUGUGCCCCGGAGAAACGGUGGGCAGCUCUCUCUAGAGCCAGCAGAUGGGGGUUUUGUCCUCCUAAAUGCAGUCACUAAAGGAACGUGGCUUGUUUGAAAUGUGCCCCCUGAACAGCCCACGCGUGGCUGACUUGCGUGGCCGAGGGGCAGACGUACAGGGUCGCUCUUGUCCCAUGACCUGGACUGCAAGUGCUGAUGCUUCAUUUCCCUGUUCUUCUGACAAUCAGAGUCUUGGAAGAGAUUGGCCAAAAGAUAAGCCCUUGCCUUAAAGCCACCACGGGCGUCUCACAGACUGGAGCCCAAAGCCUUUAUCCUCAAUGUGCCAAACAAGCAGAGAAACCAAAAAGGCCGAGGAGGACAGAGUGGGGGUGGGGGGAGGGGGUUGUACCAGGGUCCCUGUGGCCAUCCCCACAGCCUCACGGCUGUGCCUUGCUGGAGCGUGGCCACGCUUGGUUAGCUGCACAGAGGCAAUGCUGGUGAGCACAGGGGGGCAGUCGGUCUGCAGAGGAGAAGCAGCAGCCCCUUCUUUCACUGAAGCAAUACUGCCAGGCUGCUCAGGAGCAAGGCUGGCACCUUUUAAAAACAGAUUCUAAUCAGACAGAUUGCUUAGGAUAUUUUCUAAGAUAUAUAGAUAUAUAUAUUUAAUGUUGUCUUGCUCAUCUCUCCCCCAUCACCACCGUGGUUGUUGGGGGGGUGAUGCUGGGGGUUUGCGUGGUCCUGCCCACCCUGUCCCUAUAGCCCCUCCAAUUCAUGUGUGUGCCUGUGGGCUCUGCUGAGUGGAUGGUGAACUGAAAAAGUUGUUUUGUCAAAAAAAGUGCUUAAACAAUGCAUUGGUGUAAUCAGCAGGAGCAGGUGACACUUGCAAACCAGAGGCUAAACUCCUUGAAAAUAAACUGCUUCAGCUGCUGCUGCAGUAAUGUAGUGAGACAGCCACGAAGGGAGGCUUGCAGCUGUUUUAAUUCACCUAACAGGCACCAGGCCUUUGUGUGGCUGCAAAGUGACAAUGCUUCAUGCAGGGCCAUGGUGCAGGGCAGCAGCCUCUCUGCAGCCCUGGGACAUCCCUUCAUGGUUCAAGCCAGGUGUGAGCUGCUUCAGUGUCACACUGGGAGCUUGAAUACUUGGCUCAGCAGGUAAAAAUAUUUUAACUCCUUUGUGACGAGUUGCCUGGUGCUGUGCUUGGUGGAGAACCUGUUGGACACUUGUGUAGGGUGAGGUCUGGGAGAGGAGGUUCAAUCUAGCUCCAACCAUGAGAUGGUUUGAGCUCAGCCAAGCCAGAUGUGCCUUGGAAAGAGGUGCUUGGCACCCUCAGGGGUCUGUGUCUUGGCUCAUCUGGAGGCAACCAUGCCCACAGCACUCCUGUCCUUUUGGGAGAUGUGCUGUCAGGACUUCCCAUCCCUGACAGGGUAGGUCCUGCAACCAGCAUGUCACUCCCACUUCUGCCUUGGAUCACUUCAAGAUCGCCAAAGGAUCACUUCAAGUAUUUCCCCUUCAUGAGUGCCAAUGAAGCCCUUGUCUGAGUUGCUGCCUAGGGGCUGCCAAGAGCCUGCCAGGGCCAAGAGGGGUUAUUCCCAUGGGAUGUGCCAAAGGACACCACACCUGUGGGAGCGCCCACUACAUAUGGCCCCUGUUCCUCACCUCUCCUCUGCUCCUCCUUCUCUCCUGGCCUCUUGCAGAGAAUUGAAUGUGGAGCCUUUCAAAGUGUUUUGGUGGCAGAGUCUCUUUUGCAUUAGCUGUAACAGAUGCUGCAAUGACUGUGCACCUUCUGAAGAUGUAUGGAUUCAGGUUGCUGCUUGUAAUAACCAACUCUUGUUAUCCCCAAGUUGUAAUUAAUGCCUGAUGGACAAUUAAAAAGGUGGUGUGGUUUUUUUUACCAUCACUGA